AAAAAGACGAGUUGGCACCUCGUACAUUUGUAACUGAAGUGCUAGAUUUGUCCCUGCCAGCGCUGCCAUUCACUCCGUGCUCAACAGUCGCAAGUGGUGAAGUUGUGCAGUGAGGAACAGACCAAGACUUCCCUAUCAGUUCAUCGAGCGAAAAAAAAAAGAAAGAAAAAAAAACCGUGUGAGAGUAGCUGAUUUCAAACACACACACACACACACACACACACACACACCACAAUGAAGACCUAUGUCCUCUUCUUCCUACGUUUAGCGGCCUUGCUAGGGGCAGCUUCAGGACUGUCAGUGGAACCAGUGCGCCUCUGCAAUCACCAAAGAUACCUAUCCUACCGCGCCGUCCCUUCAGAGGGCACGAGUCUCAUAGAGUGUCCCUACCAUUUGGCUGUAGGGGAGGAGGUGAAGCGGGUGUACUGGGAGAUGUGGAAUGAUGCUGACCAAGUGGGCACCUAUGAAUGGGACCCUGUUAACGGAGGCCAAGAAGCCACCGACAGACUGAAAGGGGUGGUGGACCUGAAUCGGGAUGACGGAGGAUUGCAACUGACUAAAUUGAGGUACGACCUGCUUGGCGAUUACUUGUGCGGCGUGGAACUCACCAACGGCCAAAGGAACAGCUCCAGUAAAGAGGAAGUGCUCGUCGUAGACAACAGUGGACAUACCUGGGAAGAUAAAUACUUCGGAAUAUGUACUAUUACGGUUAACUACACGUCGCCGGCAGUGUUUCCAGAGCCCACCUUGCGUGCAGGGAUGUUUUCUGUAGAAUUAAACGAGUAUUACGAGAAAGUCGUCCAAUGGAAUAAGAUCUAUCACAUCAAUGGUUCCGUAACUUACUCCUUCAAGGAUGCCAGCUUCAAGAUUGACGAGAAUAGCCCAGGAGAAGUCUCCUUCAAGGUGGAUAUGGGCGUCAGCAAGUCCAACGGAACAUUUAUUUCCUUGCUCACUAUGACUACCUUCAGCUUGGGAUGGAAUGAACAUGGCUGCCCCGAUGUGAAGGAGAAGGACCACAAGGGAGUGCGUUACUUCCCGGGCAACAAUGGCGCCUGCCGCGGCGGACAGAAGAACAGAACGAAGGCCACAGUGACAUGUCAGGGCGGUUACCGGCCUGCCGGGGACGUGGACAUCGUGGUGAUGAGGUGCAACGGCACGACGCUCGCCUGGCAGCCGGAGGAAGGCAAGACUACCACCUUUGACGACCUCAAGUGUGUGAAGGACGACGGAAACGACGGAAACGACGGAAACGACGGAAACGACGGAAACGACGGAAACGACGGAAACGACGGAGAGGACGGAAACAAGGCAGUCGUCAGCAUUGGAAGCCCCAACCUCUCCUUGCUCUUCGUGUCUCUCUUUGGAGUCGUUCUUCUCUUCAUCUCCAGUCUUCCUUAGGUUGGCAGCGCAGUGACACGCAUAAUGUGUUACCAACCACAGGGUCACGUAGCCAAACAAACAUGUGUAACCUCUUAAUUAAGACACCAUGGCUGUGUGAUAAAUUGAGUAAGCCAAAACUUAUAUCAUCAAUUCAAGUGAUUCAAUAUACAUGUUUUGAUAGAUUAAUAUAAGGAAAUCAGCAAGAAACUUAGCUGCAACCUCGUAGUCUGUCUAAGAGCACUAAAGAAGAAAAAUGAA